AUGGCAUCGAGCAAUCCAAGAUUAACAACUUCGACCUACACUCCAUCAGAACUCGAACUUAUCGAACGUGUUCAUUCACAUUUUCCUAACAACGAGCCUAAUCAAUUUCAUUAUUUCUAUGAGACAGCUUCCCCUUUCAGUAAUUUCCAUCCGUGCCAUUUCGUCGAAGGUGGCAUCGAGUUCGACACCAGUGAAAAGUACAUGAUGUAUCACAAAGCGAAGUUAUUCAAUGAUAAUGAAACUGCUGAGCAAAUUCUUGAGGCCACAACUCCAGCAGACUGCAAAGACUUAGGGCGACGUGUGAAGGGCUUCGAUGAGGUGAUUUGGACAAACAAUCGAACGCAAAUCGUCUCUAAUGCACUUCUAUUGAAAUUUACUCAAGAUCAACAAAUGAAAGAGUCUCUGUUAAAACAACAUGGGAAUUUACUUGUCGAAGCAGCCGCCAACGAUGGUAUCUGGGGAGUUGGUCUCAGAAAAGAUAAUCCAUUGAUUAAAAAUCGCUCGAAAUGGAGAGGAUUGAAUUUAUUAGGUUACAUAUUAACUGAUGUUUUAUACAAAAUCCACGAUUAG